ACUUUUUAAACGUCACUUUCAACUGCCGUAUGUCAAAAACACAAGGUUAAAUGAGGUUAUGGUAAACUUUCAAAUCUAAGAUUAAGAUAUUAGAAUAUGAAUAAACUAUUUAAAUUAUAAAUGAAAUUAGUUAAAAGAAAUUUUAAAGUAACUAAAAUUGUCCAAAAAAAUGGAUAGUAGCAAUUUUGCUUUACAUAACUUCAAAGAUUUCUUGCUGCUUUAUAACACAAUGAGUGAAUUGUGUUUUAAAAGAUGCAUCGAUAAUGUGAAUUCAAUAAAACCUGACGAAGGAGAAAUAGCUUGUGUUGAAGACUGUGCUACAAAAUUUAUUAAAAUGAAUAAUAAGAUAAUGCAGAGUUUUAUCGUUGCUCAAACUGAAAUUACCAAUAAACAAAGAGCAGAUGCUGAGAAAAAACUAUUGGAGGAACAGCAAGCAGAAAAUAGUCAAGUGACAUAAGUGUAUUGUAGUACUAAACAGUGGAGGUUAUCCAAAACUGUAGAAUUUAAUAACAUUCGAUUAUCGGUUGCCCCAAUUAUUUAGAAUAUUGUUUUAGCUUUGUACAGAUAUUUUUUAAUUAAAAAUGAUCCUUGUUA